AUGCCACCACAAAGGGCUCUAAUACAACGAGGCAGACCUCGAAGUGAAUCCACAAGGGAUCAAAAUCAAGGACAUGGACAGAUGCCUUAUGUGUUACUUACACCAGAGGCGCUACAAAUACUAAUACAAAAUACGAGUAAUGGAAACACAACCUCGUCCACCACACCAAUAACCAACGAUAAAAAUGACUCGAAGAUCAUUCGAGAAUUCAGGAUGUUCAAUCCUUCAACAUUUGAUGGAUCAUCUGUGGAUCCAAUUAUAUUAAAAAAUUGGAGAACAGAAAUAGAAACUAUUUUCCGCCAUAUGAACAUCCCAGAAGAACAAAAAGUAAAUUAUGCCACCUUCAUGUUAAGAGGCGAUGCAAAGUUCUGGUGGGAAUCCACACAAAGAACAAUCAAAAGUACAGUCUCAUGGCAGCAAUUCAAUCAGGCUUUUUACAACAAGUAUUUCCCUUUGACAGUGAGAUAUAAAAAGGAAGUGGAAUUUCUUAAUCUUCGUCAAGAGAAAAUGUCAGUGGCAGAGUAUGAACGAAAAUUUGAUCUCUUGUCUCACUUUGUUCCUCGACUAGUGGACACAAAAGAGAAGAAGAUGGAAAGGUUUAUUUGGAGAUUAAGAGAAGGCAUUCGAGGCAUUGUUACUGCUUUCCGACACAAAGAGUAUGCCCUUACCCUCGAGUCGGCCUUACUCAUGGAAGUAGAUCUUGCUGCCAAAACCUCAACUUGUAAACGAGUAUUCAUGCCAAAUAAAAAGAGAAAAUUCACCCAACAGGGCUUCCAACGUUCACAAUGGCAAGCAAAAAUUUCCCAAAGUACUCAGGGCGUACAGUCACAACAGAAGAGUCAAACAUUCACAUAUCCUAAGUGCAGAAAUUGUGGAAAACACUAUCAGGGGCAAUGUCUUCGGAACUUAGGGGUGUGUUUCAACUGCGGCCAGAUGGGUCACUAUGCAAAGGCUUGCCCAAAUCUCAUCAACCAAGUAUCAACUUCCCAGACCACCCAGCCUACUAGUAACAAGGUUACCCAACAAUAG